AUGGCCGGCGCCCGACGCGCGCGUCGCGUCGUCGUCGACGUCGAGCUCGCGGACGCGAGAAAACGCGCCGAUGGCGACGCGGACGCGAGCGCGAACGUCCCCGCGCAGGAAGUCUUCCGCAGCGGCGUCGACCAUCGCGGCAUCACGAAGACGGUCAAACACGGGAAAAGAAAACGCGAAAGCGACGACGCCGCGACGAACGAGGGCGGCGAGGACGAAGAGAUGGUCGACGGAGAACUGUAUCGAAACUACAAGGCGCCGAAAGCGACGUACGACUCGAUCGCUGGACGGAAAUCGGGACGAAUGUGGAAACAACCGGCGAAGCGAGCGUCGGCGCUUGGCGCGGCGCCGUCGACGAAAACCUGGGACGACCGCAUGCGAGAGAAGGAGGAGAAAAAGCGGUUCCAGGAGGCGAAAUCGAACGCGAAGGCGGCGCGAGGGGCGAAGAUUCGCGCCGAACGCGAGCGACGGGAGGCGAAGAAAUUAUUAAAGGAGGAGAAUACGCGACGCACGGGCGUCGGCAUCGUGAGCGAGAUAACCAACCCGAAGACGAUCGCCAAGAAGUCAGCCAAGGAGCGAGCGAAGCUGAAGAAGUUGCGCAUGCUAUAA